CUCGAGAGGGGACCAAUUCCAAGAGAUCAUUAAAAAAAAAUAUCUAAUAAAACCUGAAAAAGGGAAUAAUCAAAUGGCUGGCGAUGUUCCCAAUACCAACCAAUCACCACAGUACACACUACUCUUACAGCCGUUUUAUCUAUAGAUUCCUCUUUAGGGAUGGCUCACACUCGAAAACCUCUCCAACUUAGCUAAUGGAACAGCUUCAAUAGAAGAAACAUUCAGUCACUAGUACCAUAAUAACACUCUUUGUCAUUAUGAAUAGAGGAGAGUCUGAUGAGAGAAGAACUGGGGUGUCUACUAAAGCUGCCAUUAAAAUUUAUGGCGAUAGGUUUCAUGAAGAUAAUUCUUCAUUGAAGAAGUCCCAGAUGAAAAUUGAAGAGAAAUCAUACUCAAGAACAAGAGAACUGCAUAUGGCAAAGAGGGACAUAGGUAGAUUGAAGGGAACCAGAGAUGUGGCUGACUCUAUGAAAGCUCAGGCUGAAUCUGAGCUCUUUGAUGCAAAAAGGACGGUGAGAGAUUUAUCUUCAUUGAUAAGAAAGUCAGACUCCAAAACGAAGGCUCGGAAGCAAGAGACUGAAACGUUGAGGAAAUCAACAAGGCAUGAAGGGACUUUGGCCUUUGUGAAUGUGGAAAAUUAUAAAUAUGCAGAAGUUAUAAAGGAAUUGGAGACUGUCAAGCAAGAAUUGCGCAUGCUUAAGCUGGAUAUGGCUGCUAUUUUAGCAGAGAAAUUGCGGGCAGAGAAUCAGAUCAAGGCCGCAACAUCGAGAAUAUCAUCUUGUUCAAGCUCUAUGGAGGCUGUCAAAAAGGAGAUUGAGGAAGCAAAUGAGGAGCAUGUUUUGGUUGAGUUGGCCAGGAUUGAGGCUUUGAAAGAGUGUGAAGAAAUUGAGGCUGAAAGAGAAAAGGAAGCUGUUUGUUUCUCAUCUGCCAUUGAGAAAACCAGGAAGAAAAUUAAGGGCGUUAUUGAUGACAUUGAAGAGUCUAAAGAGCUUCAGCCCAAGUUGGAUGCAACAAUGGCUGAUGUCGAGGUGUUACAGAACGAAUUGAUGCUUGUAAAGGAAAUGGAACAGAGAGCUCAAAGAAAUAAGAGCAUGAAAGGUUCAGAAGCAAGCUCCCAAGGAGGAGAAACGGACUUGGAUGCUUCACUUUCUUUGCAGACAGUCACUAAAGAAUUGGAAGCAGCACAGCAAGAGCUGACUUUAGUUAAAGAAGAAGGUUUCCAGUACAUGGCCUCGAUGGAUAUCAUAAGAAAUGAGCUAAAACAUGUCAGGACCGAGACAGCUAGAUUUGAGGAAAUUGAAAAGAACAGAGAGUUAACUGUACAGAAUCUUAACUCAAAGCUACUCAGAGCAAAAUCCAAGUUGGAAUCUGUAACUGCUGCUGAGAGAAAGGCUAAGUCAAUUGCAGCUAAUCUAUCAAUCACUCUUGAAAAACUCAAGGUAGAAGCUGAAGCUGCAAAGAAAGAAAAGCGCGUUGCUGAUGAAGAGGCUGCAACUAUGAAGGCAGAAGUUCACAAUAUGGAAUCGGAUAUAGACAUAACCGAGGAAAAAUUGCAAGCUGCAAUGCUAGAGCUUGAAGCAGUGAAAUCAUCAGAGGCUUUGGCUCUUGAAAAUCUAAAAUCUCUUAUCGAGAAUACAAUGGGAGCUAGAAGUUCUUCAGUGCAGCAUAGCUCCUCAAUUACCAUCUCGAAGUUUGAAUAUGAAUAUUUGACUGGACAUGCCAUUGGAGCUGAAGAACUUGCUGAUAAAAAGGUUGCAGCUGCAAAGGCAUGGGCUGAAGCUAUUAAGGCUAGUGAGAAAGAAAUUCUAAUGAAGACAGAUUUAGUUCAGAGAGAAAUCAGAGAGAUGAGGAUGGAAGAAAAGAGGGAGUCGUAUGGAAUGGAGAGAUCGAUUUCAGCAAAAGAUAUGGUUGAGAAAGAGUUUGAGAACUGGAGAAAUAGACGAGAAAAGAAUGCAACACCAGAGAACUUACAACUAGCAUUGCAUAAAAGAUCCAUUAGAGGCAAUAACAUUGGGACUUUGACUCCAUCUAGACGAGCUACUUAUCGAAAAUCUGCCUCACCAGGGAGCCGGAAUUCUUUCCUUGUUAAGAAGAAAAGACAGGUGAUACCAGAUCUUGCCAAGUUCUUCAAGACUAAGCCAAACAAGAAUUUAUAGGUUUUUCUACACUGUUCCUUGGCCAAGUAAAUAAACCAACUCCUAUUAAGUUUCAAUAUUGGGCUAUCAAAUAACGAUAGGUUGAAUAUGUGAAUGUGAGGAUUCAAUCUGAAAAAGUUAAGCUGUAAGCUCAUUGAUGUAUUGAUGAUGUACAUAAUUGUGGUUGAAUAUUUUUGAGGCAACCAACAAAUUAAAUGCUCCUCUUACUAUGCUUAUUAUCAUCCUCCUGGUUGUCAUUUCUGACAUUUUCUUUGAGUUACUAUGAGAGUAACAACUUCAUUUGUUA